UUAUUAUAAAAGGUGUCAGACACUGAAUCUCACACAUAACUGUAAUCCACCCCAACAACCAGAGAAAGAUGGUGUUCACUGUAGAUGAUUUGGGCUUUCAGGCCGGAAGAGAGAUGUGCAUCAUUGGCAGGGUCAAACCUGACGUUGAAAGAUUCACUAUUGACUUUGGUGUUGACUCUGACAACAUUGCCUUUCAUUUCAACCCUCGAUUCAACUAUGGUGCUGACGUGAAAGUCAUCGUGUGUAACUCUAAGAAGGGCGGCUGGAGUGAGGAGCAACGUUUUACGUUUUUUCCCUUUGAACAAGGCAAAGAGUUCAAGGUGAGCUUCACCUUCAACCAUGAAAACUUUUAUGCCAAACUUACUGAUGGGAACAUGAUAACCUUCCCAAACCGCUUUGGAAACGAAACAUUCAAUCACCUGGAAGUAGAUGGGGCCACGGUCACCAGCAUGGUGGUCACCUGAGCAGUGAAUAAAGUCAUAAGCCCUAUUCAGACGAUCAUUGUUUCUUGUGGGGUGUAAGAUAGUUUUAACAUUUAUGGGGGAGACUGUGAAUUUCUUGCCGUACAUUUUUCUCCAACCACGUUGAUCAUGUGAUUAACUACACCAGAAGUGCAUGUUUUGAAUUAUAAAUUCCAACACAUCCACCGUGAAUUCAUCUUCAUCCUAAUGCAUGAGUUUUAUCGCUGAGGAACUAAAUGCUAAUUUAUUUUUACAGACUUCCUUACAAACAAUUACUGUCUGAAGAGGGCUUAUAUGUGAGAAGUAUGUGAAUCAUUCAGUCGGAUCUCAGUUCUACUGCUGUCAAAUCUUCAAUGUUCACUGAAUAAAA